AUGGCUGGACCCCAGCUAUACGAGGUUGAGCAGCUCCUGGAUAAAAAAGUUUUGCCCAACAAUCGCAUUGUGUAUCUGGUGCGAUGGAGGGGCUUUUCUCCAGAACAUGAUUCUUGGGAGCCUUAUAGCAAUCUUCAGUCAUGCAGAAAGCUCAUCCGAAUCCUCAAUCAGUCUUUAAGGUUGAACAGUCCUAAAAGCUCACCAAAGCAGGACCCUAAAAUGCAGACAGAUAAAAGUGCCAAUACAGAUGAUAAUCCCGCCCCACGGAAAAGGGGCAGAAAGAAAAAGGUAUAUCUUAUGAGAGAAAGAGGUUUGGCACUCAUAAACACAAAGAAAGCUGCUUCAUCAGAGGAAAACAGUACUGUAUACAAAGAGUUACUGAUGGAAGCAAAAGCUUUGAAACCAAAGCUUCAUGAAGAUAGAUCUCCUAACAUUUCAGAGGGCUCUGAAAAGCCAUCUGAAGCUAACUGUGCCACUCAGACUAUAGAUAUUUACCCGCCAGGUAAAAAAGGAAUCAAGAAACGAAAAAUUAAAACAUCUGACUCUGAUAAACAUGGUAGUAAAAUUAAAAAGCGCAAGCAGUCCAGGAACGAAAAUAUUCCGCUGCAGAAUGGUGAAGAGUCUGACAGUGCCAGGUAUGAUACUGGCAACACAACGUAUGCUGACGUGACUUUUGAAAGUGAAGAUGAUGACAGUGAUAUUCUGUACUCGUUGAAUUUUGACUGUGAUAUUGCAAGCCUUGUUGAUGUACAGAACACACAUGAUGGUAAAUCUAGGAAGGCUGCAAAAGUUAAAAGUUUCACCAAACAGUCAAAAUCUGUGAUAACAAAAAAAGACUCAAGUGUACAUUCUUUGAAAAGUGCCAAGAAGGAUGUUGGGAAGAAGAAAGCAAAGAUAUUGCUCAUGGAUUCAAAGAAGAAGCCGAAGGAUUUGUUGAACAGAUCAGGUUUGCUUCGUUCUGUGUCACCACCACCAUUGUUCACAACAGUCAAACACUCAGGGGACAGUCCUGGCUCUCAGGAUCCUUCUAAGCCUUCAGGAAAUUGUCACCAGGAACCAGUCUCUCCGGAGGCUUCAGAAACCUAUUUAGCUGAUGUGCCAUCAUCAUAUCCUGUGCCAGCGGACGAACCUCAGGGCAGCGAACAGUCACUUAGCUCAAGAUCAUUAUCCUACAAUGCACUCCUGGACAACCUCCCUGACCAGCUACACCCUGCGCACAAAGCCAACAAGAAAAGUAAGAGCAACAGCAGCGUGGUCAGCAGCUCUGGGGACGGCAGCAUCAGCCCAGUGGGCGCAUUGGUCACCUCGUCUGGAUGUGGAGGGUCUGUGGAGAGGCGGACCAGCAUCCGGUCCACAGAAUGUGCAUUCCGCUACAAGCAGAUUGUUGUCAAGAAAUGUGUCCACUACACACAGAUCUGGCUGAACACGCAGACUGUGAUGAAGAAUGCUUUGAAUCCUCAGGUAAUACAAGAAGUGGUCUCAGCUCUCAACUCAGCCAAAUAUGACGACAGCCAUUUGGUUCUGUUUUCUAGUCUGGGAAAUGUUUUCUGCUCAGGCACUGAUUUGCAUUUUUUAGUGUCAGGUGAUCGGAAAAUGUCUGCCAGACAAAUGGCAGAUGCAAUAAGAGAACUGACUAAGACAGUGAUCACAUUCCCAAAGCCUAUCAUUGCCGCAGUGUCAGGUGCUGCUGUGGGUCUGGGUGUGUCCCUGCUGGCUCUGUGUGAUGUAGUCUACGCCAGCGAUAAAGCUUCCUUCCAUUUGCCUUACUCACAGCUGUCACAAACACCUGAAGGAUGUUCGUCAUUCACUCUUCCCUUGAUCCUAGGUUUACCAUCAGCCAAUGAGCUGCUGUUUGGUGGGAGAAAGAUCACAGCCAUGGAGGCAUACCAGCUUGGAUUAGUCUCACAAGUCUUCUGGCCCACUUUAAUAAUGCAAGAAGUCAUUCCUAGGGCUCAGAACAUGGCGACCUGCUCAGCAAAGGCUUUAGAAGCUACAAAACUUCUAGUUCGCAGCCAUCACCGCACCAAGAUGGAGCUCACAAAUGAGAGUGAGUGUAAUCUACUCCUGGAACGGUGGCUGUCUGUUGACUGCCAGAGAGCUAUCGAAGCCUACCUGAGCAAUGAGAAAAAUCUGGCCUUCUAG